CGUUGUUACUUACAUAUCUGUUUUCUAGUCCUCACUCUGAUUUUCCUGUCAUACGUAUGAUGGACAAUAAAUUGCCUUUCCCUCCACUACCAUCCAAAGGAUACCCGUGGCUAAACCGCAUUCGUGGAUACAUACACGCUUUCAUACUAAUUCCGAUAUCAUACUACUACUGUCGUCUUCGUGGUGAAGAGCUCCCGCCUGGCAUUUUCCCCCUUCCAUUCAACCUUAUACUUAAAUUCACGUCGGGUACCCGAGAGGAGGAGGGUCUGGCUAUGUCCCUCGCACGUUCCAUUGGCAUUCCUGUACCUCGGUUCAUCGAGUAUGGUGAUCACUGCGGCAGAGUGCCUUGGGGGUCCAUUCUUAUGACCCGCAUACCAGGCAAGCCUCUGAGUGAGGUAAUGGACAAUCUAUCGCGACAGGAAUUGGAGACUAUCAAAUCGGAGCUCACGGAUAUCCUGAAACGCAUGCGCUCUUAUUCAAAUCCAUGGGGCAGCCGUGUUUGUGGCGUUGACGGAAAUGAUGUCUAUGGGUCUCGUGUGCCUUCGCGGCAUAUCAGCGCCUGUGAAGACGAACCCACAUUUCUCAAAUCUCUUCUUCGAUUCGCCCUUGUCAAUGAUAGUGAGAAGGACGGCGUCCGACUGCAGAUGGCUCGGAAGUUGACGUCUCUACCUCACGAUAUCGUCUUCACCCACGGCGACCUUUGGGAUCAUAACAUCAUGAUAAAUGACGGACAUAUCAGCGGUAUGAUUGACUGGGAGUGGUCUGGGUGGCUUCCCGAGUAUUGGGAGUUCACGUCGAUCAUGCAAUGGCGUAGUUCUCCAUGGAGCAAGCAAUUGGCUACUUUACCUUGUUACAAGUACUACAGAGAGCUGGAGUGGGACUUGGCCCUUAUAGGGCUCACGGAUUCUUCCUUCUCCUUCUGGUAAUGUCGGCAGACUGUAAAGGAAGGCGACUUUAGAGUAAUGAGCCAUGUAAUCGAUUGACUCACCUCAAUUUAUCCAGAAGGACUAGAAGGAACGUCACCAUAGACGACAAGGGAGUAGAGAUCGACUGUGAUCUAUGAUCGUU